GGAGACAAGUAUGCUGUUUAUACUUGUAAAGCUAAAACGACAAGAAAUCCGGUUUAUCGCUGGCAAAUUGGAGAAGGAGGCAUCAAUCAGUUCGCUUUUUCGGGCCAAGAUGCAAAAAUGCUGGCAACAGUAGGACAUGAUGGAUACUUGCGAAUUUUCAAUUACCAUCAAAUGGAACUACUUUCAUACAUGAAGUCUUAUUUUGGUGGUCUGCUGACACUUGCAUGGAGUCCUGAUGCCAAAUUGAUUGUGACAGGUGGAGAAGAUGAUUUGCUUACAGUCUAUAACGUUCUAGAGAAGCGAGUUGUUUGUCGUGGACAAGGACAUAAAAGUUGGAUAUCACAGGUACUUUAA